GCAUAAUAAUUGCAGUUUUUCCCCUUUCUUGGCCUGCACGGUUUGUGCGUCAGCCAUGCAAAAAAGUUAAGAAGUGUGUUAUUAGAUUUAUUUUAUUGGUUUGGAAAUUGGAUCGGAAUUUUGAAAAGGAUCAGAUAAAUUAGGUAUAUAAUAAGUACAUAAAUGAUCAUAAUUUUAUAUUGUUAUGAAAAUGAAACUGGCUAAAAUUCUAUAUACAUACAUCAAUAUUUAUAUUAGAUAGAAAGAUAGAGAUUGAAAGGAAUUUUAAUGGACAAAGCGAGGAAAUAAAAGCGGAACGGUCAUGUUGAGGACAGGUACAGAAUAUAUGAUUAAAAUCCCCAACGUCAUUGCCACAGUGACAUAUAUCGUUAGGUAAAAGGUUAUAAUUGCCGUUACAUUUUUUUCAAUGUACAUUAAUGACAACUAAAACAGGCAACUAUAACAUCCAACUCUGUACUUUAUGUCUAGAAAGAUAAACAAUAUCCACAGAGUAAUUAUAUUUAGUGUAAUGUCAUUAAUUAUUAUUUAAAAAAAUACCAAUUCAUAUUAUAAUUCGUAUCUCAAGUUAGAAUCUCCUAUUAAGUGGUCUCAAAUAACUUAUGUUAUAUUGACCUUCUAGAAUACAGGCUUUAGAAGUAAAGAAAGGAAUAAAGAUUUAGAAAUUAGACUGUAAAGUGUGAUGUGUGGGCUGUGGUUACAAUAUAACCUUAAAAAUAAAAUUUUAAAUAUUACUUUUAUAUUGUAUUCAAACCUAUUAAAUAGUAGUUAAUAUAUUUGACAAUAAACAAAGUACAGCUCUGGCACUGUAGAUACGAAAUAGAAAAGCUUAAUAAUUAUUUACAAAAGAAAAUGAAACGAUGUGGAUGGGUUACUAAAGAUCCUUUGUAUAUUAAUUACCAUGACAAUGAAUGGGGUGUACCUGAAUUACGUAGUCAAAAACUUUUUGAACUUCUUUGCUUAGAAGGACAGCAAGCUGGAUUAUCAUGGAUAACAAUUUUAAAGAAAAGAGAAAGUUAUAGACAACUGUUUCAUCACUUUGAUCCCUAUCAAAUUGAAAAAUUUGAUGAUAAUUGUAUUCAAAACUUUUUAAGUGAAACAAGUAUAGUCAGGCAUAAAGGUAAAAUUCAAGCCAUAAUCAACAAUGCAAAAUGUUAUAUAGAUAUGGAGUCAAAUAAAGAAAACUUUUCGGAUUUCAUAUGGAAAUUUGUCCAUUAUAAACCGAUCAUUAAUAAUUGGACAUCUGAUAAAGAAGUGCCAACAGAAACUGAGGUUUCAAAAGAACUUUCAAAAUCAUUAAAACAGAGAGGUUUUAAAUUUGUUGGCUCUAUAAUAUGUUAUGCUUUCAUGCAGGCUAGUGGUCUUGUUAAUGAUCAUAUUACUGAUUGUGUUUGUAGAAAAAAAAAAUAUAGUCAUACUUUCAAUUAUACAUCCUUUUUCAUUUACAUUUAUAAGCCUAUUAUCUGA